AUGCUUGAUUUCCGUUUGUUUUCACUACAAAGCAUAUUUGGCACUAGUCGACCAAUUCGAGAUUUUCAAGAGCAGACUCCAAUCAACAUUUCAAAUGAGAAUCGAAAUGGGCGACAGAGUGGUGAUGAUAGUGGAUUAGGCACCUCCUUGAUGCUCUCCUUUAAUGCUACUGGUGAUUCAAAUCGAGUUUCAAGGGAAAGUCGUGUUAUUGAGGCUGACCAGCUUCCAUCGGACGUCAAUGCGAAGCCUUCGUUUCACUGUCGAUACUGCUCGAAAGCCUAUUCGAGAAAAUCGUCCUGUCGGUAA